GUUUAAAAAAUUGACCCAUUAUAGUGUGGGUAGUAUAGCCUAUGACCGAUCCUCCCAAUACGAGUGAAGAAGAGUCUUAUUUGCUUAGAAAAAACGGAAACCAGGUUUUAAGUGUGAGACGCCGCGUAUCUACACUUAGCCAGCCGUGCUCACAUAGUCACAGUUCAUUUUCUUCUUCUUCUUCUCACAACCUCACCACCACCGCUGCUUCUCCUUUUCCCUCUCACCGCCACCGCGGCCCCCAUCUGUCUUCUCUAAAUUCUUCUCCCUUUAUCGUUUUCCUUGAAAGCUAUGGAGAAACAAAACGGCGAAAAAAUGGAAGCAAAGAAAGUGAAGAUACUGAACACGAGCUCACUACAAAUAAACCAACAAGAUGCAUUUCGUUUGGUUGGUUCAAUUGUAGAAAAGGGUAUUGAUAAUGAUGGUGUCUCACAAAACAAGCCAAACCCUUUUUACUCUUUUCCUAAACCCACUGUUGUUCCUUUUCCUGUUGCACGUCAUCGUUCUCAUGGUCCUCAUUGGUCUCCACUGAAUAGUAAAGGGGGUUAUGAUCAUGACAAUGAUGCUAGUGACAAUGAUGUUGAAGAUGAAGAAGACAGCGACUUAAUGGGGUUUGAGAAAGUUGCUGCCUUUGCUAAUCCAGUGCAUAGGAAGAAGAAAAAGGGUUUGGAUUUGGGAAAAUGGAAAGAGAUAACUCAAGAUGAUAAAUCUUCUGUAGGGAUGGAUUUAGAAAAGGAUGUAUCAAUCUCUAGCCAAACUACAGGGAAAAAGAAGAAUGGAAAAGGUGGUAAGAUUACAGAAAAGAAAAUCUCAUCUGAUUCCGAUGAUAGUGCAUUUGCUUCUAUGGAAGUGGAUGCUAAGCCGCAGUUAGACAAAUCAGAUGACGGUUUUAUCAAUUCUGGCGCUUCCAUGGAAUUAGAUACUUCAAAUAAGGAGGAUCAUCAGAAAAAAGUUGAAUAUGCCGUAACUUUUGAUGACAAGAAAGAAAAGGAAUUUGCUUCCAAACAAGACCAAAUAUGCACUGAUAGAAUGCCUGAUCACAGUUCCACAUCUGACAAAAAUGACUUCAUACAUGAACAGGAGUCCACAUCUCUUGAGAGUGAAAUUGAUUCUGAGAAUCGAGCUCGGAUCCAGCAAAUGUCAGCUGAGGAGAUUGCAGAAGCCAGGGCUGAUAUAAUGGAGAAGAUAAGUCCUUCGUUACUGAAAGUACUGCAAAAAAGGGGUAUGGAGAAAUUGAAGAAACCCAAUAGUUCUAAAUCCGAAGUGGGUACUGUUUCAAAAUCUGUUAAUCAACAAGUUCAGAGUACUCAAGAAGCUAAACGUUUGCAGACAGAGGAUAACAUCUCCAAAAAACAGUUGGAUGAUAAGAAUGUUAGUGGAAAGACUUCAACCACCACAAGUAGUAGUGCAUGGAAUGCUUGGAGCAAUAGAGUUGAGGCCGUUAGGGAAUUACGAUUUUCAUUGUCUGGGGAUGUUGUUGAUACUGAACAGGAGCCUGUGUAUGAUAAUAUCACUGAACGUGACUAUUUGAGGACUGAGGGAGAUCCUGGUGCAGCUGGUUAUACAAUUAAAGAAGCACUGGCACUUACAAGAAGUGUGGUGCCUGGACAAAGAUCCCUUGCAUUGCAUCUCCUUUCAUCUGUUCUUGACAAGGCACUAAGCUAUAUUUGCAAAGACAGAACUGGAAAUAUGACACAAAAGGGGAACGAAGUCGAAAAACCAGUUGACUGGGUGGCUGUUUGGACUUAUGCACUUGGUCCUCAACCAGAGCUUGCGUUGUCACUAAGGAUAUGUCUCGAUGAUAACCACAAUUCAGUGGUUAUGGCCUGUGCAAAGGUUGUUCAAUCUGCAUUGAGUUGUGAUGUGAAUGAGAACUACUUUGAUAUCUCAGAGAACAUGGCAACUUGUGAUAAAGAUAUUUGCACAGCUCCAGUUUUUAGGAGCAGGCCAGAUAUUUCUCUUGGAUUCCUUCAGGGAGGAUACUGGAAGUACAGUGCAAAACCUUCUAAUAUUCUACCUUUUAGCGGGGAUUCUAUGGAUAAUGAGAGUGACGAGAAACACACAAUUCAAGAUGAUGUAUUUGUUGCUGGACAAGAUUUUACUGCAGGCCUAGUUCGCAUGGGUGUCCUUCCUAGACUUCGUUAUCUUUUGGAGAAUGAUCCUAGUGCAGCUUUGGAAGAGUGUGUUGUUUCUAUACUGAUUGCCAUAGCAAGGCAUUCACCUUCAUGUGCUAAUGCAGUGCUGAAGUGCGAAAGACUUAUUCAGACAAUUGUGCAAAGAUUUACUGUUGGCAAUUUUGAAAUUCGAUCUUCCAUGAUAAAAUCUGUAAAACUCUUGAAGGUCUUAGCUCGGUUGGACCGGAAAACUUGUUUAGAGUUUAUUAAGAAUGGGUACUUCAAUGCCAUGACUUGGAAUUUAUAUCAACUUCCUUUGUCCAUUGACGACUGGCUAAAGUUAGGGAAGGAAAAAUGUAAACUCAAGUCUGCUCUGACUAUUGAACAACUGCGUUUCUGGAGGGUUUGUAUUCGAUAUGGAUAUUGUGUGUCUCAUUUCUCCCAGAUAUUCCCUGCCUUGUGUUUUUGGUUGGAUCUUCCUUCAUUUGAAAAACUUAUCAAAAAUAAUGUUCUGUAUGAAUCUACUUGCAUAUCUAGGGAGGCAUAUCUUGUUUUGGAGUCUUUGGCCGGAAGACUUCCAAAUUUAUUUUCACAGCAGUGUCUAACAAAUCAACAUCCUGAGUCCACUGAUGAUACUGAGUUCUGGUCUUGGAGCUAUGUUGGUCCGAUGGUUGACUUAGCCAUAAAGUGGAUUGCAACAAGAAGUGAUCCAGAAGUAUCUAAAUUGUUUGAGGGACAAGAAGGGGUAAGUGACUUUACUUUAGGAGGAGAUCUUUCCGCAACUCCUUUGUUAUGGGUGUAUGCAGCUGUGACUCACAUGCUUUUCAGAGUUCUUGAAAAAGUGACAUUGGGGGAUGCUAUCACCCUACAGGAAGCUAAUGGGCAUGUACCAUGGCUUCCAGAAUUUGUCCCGAAGAUUGGACUUGAGUUGGUGAAAUAUUGGCAUUUGGGCUUUUCAGUUGCCUUUGGGACAAAAUCUGGAAGAGAUUCUGGUGAUGAAUCUUUUAUGAAGGAUCUAAUUCAUUUGAGGCAGAAGGGUGAUAUUGAAAUGUCUUUGGCUACCACUUGUUGCCUAAAUGGAAUGAUCAAUAUUAUUACUAAGAUCGAUGAUCUGAUACGGUCUGCCAAGACUGGCGUUCGUAGUCCUCCAGGUCAAGAACAAAGUCUAUCAAAAGAAGAAAAAGUGCUUAAGGAAGGUAUAGUUAGUAGCUGUCUGUUUGAAUUAAGGUCUAUGCUAGAUGUUUUCAUAUUUUCAGCUUCUUCGGCAUGGCAACGCAUGCAGUCCAUUGAAAUUUUCGGCAGAGGAGGACCAGCUCCAGGUGUGGGAGUUGGCUGGGGUGCUCAAAGUGGAGGAUUUUGGUCAAAAACAGUUUUAGCGGUUCAAACAGAUGCACGAUUUCUUGUCUAUUUGCUGGAAAUUUUUGAAAAUGCAUCUAAAUAUGUUACCAAUAUAGAAGAAGAAACGACCUUCACCAUGCAACGGAUCAACACUGCCUUGGGGUUAUGUUUAACCGCAGGACCUGGGGAUACGGUUAUUAUGGAGAAGGCAUUGGAUCUAUUGUUCCAUGUCACUGUUUUGAAGCACCUUGACCUCUGUAUACAGAAUUUUCUCCUCAACAGGAGUGGUAAAGCCUUCAGGUGGCAAUAUGAAGAAGACGACUACAUGCACUUCAGUCGGAAUUUAUCAUCACAUUUCAAGAGCAGAUGGUUGUCUGUAAGGGUGAAGUCUAAAGCCGUUGAUGGCAGUAGUUCUUCUGGCAUUAAAGCCACUCCAAAAGAUGAUGUGCGUUUGGAUACGAUAUAUGAGGACUCGGACAUGUCUUCCAUGACAAGUCCAUGCUGUAAUUCUUUAAUUAUAGAAUGGGCUCGGCAGAACCUACCACUUCCGGUCCACUUUUAUCUCAGUCCAAUCUCAACAAUUCCCCUUACCAAGCGAGCUGGUCCUAAAAAAAGUGGUAGUGUACAUAGCACACAUGAUCCGACUAAUUUGCUUGAAGUUGCCAAAUGUGGACUUUUCUUUGUUUUAGGUAUUGAAACAAUGUCUAAUUUUCAAGGAACUGCUAUUCCUUCUCCUAUUCAGCACGUAUCGUUGACAUGGAAGUUACAUUCAUUAUCUGUCAAUUUCCUUGUCGGAAUGGAAAUACUUGAACAAGAUCAGGGCAGGGAAACUUUUGAAGCUUUACAGGAUCUUUAUGGUGAGGUUCUUGAUAAGGAAAGGCUUAAACGAAAUAAAGAAGUAAUUUUGGAUGAUGAAAAGCAUAUUGAGUUCUUGAGAUUCAAAUCUGAGAUUCAUGAGAGUUACUCGAUAUUUAUUGAAGACCUGGUAGAGCAGUUUGCUUCCAUAUCUUAUGGUGAUCUGAUUUUUGGACGGCAAGUUUCACUAUAUUUACACCGCUGUGUUGAAACUUCUAUUCGACUAGCUACCUGGAAUGCGCUGUCUAAUGCUCGUGUUCUUGAUCUUUUGCCACCUUUGGAGAAAUGCUUUUCUGGUGCUGAAGGAUACCUUGAACCUGCAGAGGAUAAUGAAGAGAUUUUGGAGGCUUAUGCCAAGUCAUGGGUUUCUGAUGCGCUUGACAGGGCUGCGAUUCGAGCAUCAGUUUCAUAUACUAUCGCUGUCCAUCACCUUUCGUCGUUCAUAUUUAAUGCUUGUCCAACGGAUAAGUUAUUGCUGCGCAACAGGCUUAUCAGGUCUCUCUUGAGAGAUUAUGUUGGGAAACAGCAACAUGAGGGAAUGUUUAUGAACCUCAUUUGCCAUAACAAGCAAUCAACAUCUGACAUGAAUGAGCAGCUGGAUGAAAAGAACUGGUUGGAGUCAAGGAUGAAAGUAUUGAUUGAGGCAUGUGAGGGAAAUUCUUCUCUUCUGACACAUGUAAAGAAGUUGAAGGCUGCUGCUGAGAAAAGUUCCUUGUGACUGUGAGGUUUACACAAGCAUACAUGUAAAUUUUAGAGAUGCAAAAAAGGGUUACAAAGACUAAUUAGAUUUUGUAAAUGGAUUUUCAAAUGUGCUGAGAUUGGAGUGUUGGUGACAUUUUUAUUCCUUGAUGGAAUGGUUUAGCUAUCAAGAUUUUGUGAAGCAAUUCACCAGCAUGCUGAUGCAUUUUAGGAUAUUUAAAUUUAGAUAAUUAUUUUAUUUAGGACAA